GGCAGCGUAUGACGCAUUCCCCAGGUUCUUCCCCGCACUGUCUCUCCUCCGGCAUACAUGCCUGUGCUGGACUUCAUUGACCUACCGCCAUGCGCGACGCCCCUACCACCGACAGGCUCUCAGCCCGAGAAGAGACCAGCUCGCCCAGCGCACACGAUCAGAGCGUCCCUACCCAGCAUCGACACAGACGUUCUCGCCAGGGAGCGAAAACUGUCUUCACCAGCAAGUCCGGCAAAGGCAUCACCCUCUUAUGCAUCGACAAUCAUACCUCAAGUGCUCUUUGCAACACUGCCGACCAGUGAAACAGGCGCGCCACAGAAGAGGGACCCCAAGUCGCAGAAGCUGCUGUCGAAGCGGGACCCGCUUUCGAUUCAAAUCACGACCAUAAACUUCAAGAGGUUCAUUGAGGUAGUUGGCCCCGUCUUCUGGUUGCAAGAUCGGAUCGAAGAGAUCCUGUGUUGGCGGAAAGGCGCCAAAGUCACCGGGGUGUGGAUGGCCGCCUACGCGUUCAUUUGCUUGUACCCAAGACUACUACUUGUACUUCCCAGCAUGGUCCUCAUCGCCCUCAUACUCCUUCCCUCUACUUCAGCCGCACCAAAUGCCAAUGUCAAACCCGGACCUACCCAGCCGCUUGACACUCCACCUACCGGCGUUGACUACCAGGCGAACGUCCAAGCCAUCCAGAACCUGAUGGGCUUCGUUGCAGACAUGCACGAUGCUGUCGUCGUCCCCUACGUGAUACCCUUCUUCUCACCCAACAACGCGACGAAGCGCCAUAUCGCCCUCACUCUCCUCACCGCCACGCUUCUCCCUACCCUCUUCCUCGUCUCCCUCCCGUAUUUCCCUAUUCGUUGGCUUUGUCUCGUGGGCGGGCUUUCCUUCUGGUCCCUCUUCAACCCGCACGUGCGCUACUUCCUCCUCGCGCCGUCGCAGGUCCUCGAGCCCGAGUGGUCGCACGCCUUCGUCGACCUCUUCCACUCCUGUCGCGCCGUGUUCCGCAAGGUGCGUGGUCGCGCGGAGUCGCAAGCGCGCUGGCCCUGGCUGCACGCGCAUGACGCGGGGAAGUGGGCGCGCAUGCGGGCCGUGCGUGCGGUGGACGAUGACAACCUCACGGACGACGUGUGGCGGAGCGAGAUGGAGGAGGUCGAGCUGUACGAGAACGAGCGGCUGGCCCCAGGGGCGGACGGGAAGCAGCCGGCGUGGUCGAAGGAGGCGCUGAAGCCGACUGUGGAUCGCGCGGCGUGGACGAGAGGGAGGGAUGGGUGGAGCGGGAUCGACGAGCAGGGCGGUGGGACUGUCAGCAGCAAUCUGACGUUCUCGCUUGCGCCUGGCUGGAAGUUUGUUGAGACGGAGACCUGGCGAGCAGACCUAGUUGGCGAAUGGAGUGGGGUUGGUGCAGACGACGACGGCUGGGUAUACACUACGGAUGCCUGGCAGGAUCCCGCACCCUAUCCUGAGCCAGGAAAGGUCACGAGGAGGAGACGAUGGAUACGUAGAGUUUAUUACGCUGGUGAGCAGCGGGGGCCACGACCUCACGGCGGUAGAACAUGUUCUCCGUCUGCUGCCUAAUGCUAUAACCGCUUCCAUUGUACUUCAGCUGCCCUGAAGUGGGCUGUGCUCGAGGAUGACGGAAGAGAGGCGCAAAUCUCCCCG